AUGGACAAGUCAGAGUCAGACAUGUGUAUCUCACCCUCCACCCCGUACAGAUGGACAAGCCAGACGUGUAUCUCACCCUCCACCCUCGUACAGAUGGACAAGUCUGACGUGUGUAUCUCACCCUCCACCCCCGUACAGAUGGACAAGUCAGACAUGUGUAUCUCACCCUCCACCCCCGUACAGAUGGACAAGUCAGACAUGUGCAUCUCACCCUCCACCCCCGUACAGAUGGACAAGUCAGACAUGUGUAUCUCACACUCCACCCCCGUACAGAUGGACAAGUCAGACGUGUGUAUCUCACCCUCCACCCUCGUACAGAUGGACAAGUCAGACAUGUGUAUCUCACCCUCCACCCCCAUACAGAUGGACAAGUCAGACGUGUGUAUCUCACCCUCCACCCUCGUACAGUACAGCAUCUGCUUCCCAGUAUAUAUUCCGUGA